GGGCCAAAUGGUUGACCAAAAAUGUCGUUUUUUCUCGUAUAAGAUGUUGAACAGAUCUCAAGAAAAAAACAACCCUCAUUAAUAUUUUUAUAUAUCAUUUUUCUUCUUUCUUUUUCAUAAUGGUUUCUGCAGAAACCGAGGCUAAUAGACCAGAAAGAAUCAAACUAAAAGAUGGAAGAAAAUUGGCUUACAAAGAAAGAGGUGUUCCUAAGGACAAAUCCAAGUAUAGAAUCAUUAUGGUUCAUGGAUUUGAUAGCUCCAAAGAAAGAGAUUUUCUUGCACCCCAGGAACUUAUGAACACAUUGGGAAUAUAUAUGGUUCAAUUUGAUAGAGCUGGAUAUGGAGAAAGUGAUCCAAAUCCAAAAAGAUCACUAAGCAGUGAAGCAACUGAUAUUGAGGAAUUAGCUAAUCACUUGGAAUUAGGAUCCAAAUUCUACAUAAUUGGUUUCUCAAUGGGAUCUUAUCCAACCUGGAGUUGUAUCAAACACCUCUCACAUAGGUUAGCCGGGGUGGCAUUUGUGGUUCCCAUUGUCAAUUACCAAUGGCCCUCUCUCCCGGACUCUGUAACAAAGGACGACAAACGGAAGAGGUGGUACAAAAGGAUGACUUGGGUUGCAAGAUAUGCUCCUAGAUUAUUGCAUUGGUGGUUGAUCCGAAAAACGUCUUCCUCCCCCUCUGCUGAUAAUACAAGACCUACAUAUUUUACUGACAAGGACUUGGAGCUUUUAAAGAAGGCACCUGGAUUUCAAUUUCUUACCGCGGAUAAGCUAAAGAGCAGGAGUGUUUUCAACAACCUCCGAAGCGACUUCCUUGUGGCGUUUAGUAAAUGGGAUUUUGAUCCUUUGGAGCUUAGCGAUCCUUUUCCUGAAAACGACCAAAGUUUUGUUCACAUCUGGCAUGGCUGUGAAGACAGAUUUAUUAAUUUGAAACUACAAAGACAUGUCUCAGAAAGGUUACCUUGGAUUCAAUAUCAUGAAGUUCGUGAUGGCGGACAUUUGUUGAUCUAUGAUACCAUUGUCUGUGAAGCCAUCUUAAAGUCUCUUUUGCUUGGAGAGGAGACACCACUCUAUACACCAAAAUUUUCUUCUUAACUGUCACAUCCUUUUUCUCCAAAAAUUUUAGGUCUUUGGAGCAAUGGGAGAAAUAACCUUUUUCGUAAAUGUCACUUUGAUUUUUCAAGCCACUUCUCGUUUCCCAUCCCAAAAGAAUUUGGUGAAAAAGGGGGUGACACUGCUAUAUUAAAUUCUCCAUCUCUUUAUUUUAUGUUAACGGCCGAAAAAUCUUUUACCCCACCAGCAUUAGGACUCAACAGCUGGAAGUUUUGCAUCACUAUCUAUAUAUAUUGUGGCUAGCAAUUCGUCGUGUGUUCUGUAGAAAUUGCAGACACAAUCAGUGUCAAAGCUUGGACAGCUAAUUUUUUGUUGCAUACCUGCAACUAUGAGUAGCAGAGCUGAAGUUUGUAAUUGAGAGAAGAAGUUGACAUGGUGAAAGAGAAGUAUAUUGGUAGAGAUUUAUAUAGUAAUCUGAGUAUGUUGUACAGCC